AAAGAUUUAAAGGAGUAGAGAGAACUCUACCCUGUUCUGGGGAGUACAUUAGUUGGGCAGACAUUACACAAAUACUUGCAAGGCUUUUUCUUUUGUUGGCGGUCGGUGGUGGAAGGUGGCAUUCACGAAUACAACGAGGGAAAAAGGGGGGGAUCGGGGAGGCUAGCUUUGUCGGGUCAAAAUGUCUAUUCAGUUCGAAGAGCCACUGGCGGGUAGCUACGGUGUAGUAGACUCUUUUCCAAAAGAUUUUGGCUAUGGGGUGGAAGAGGGCGACAUCGAGGAUAGUCCGGCACCCUCCGACAGCAAGCCAAGGAUACUGCUCAUGGGAUUACGGCGGAGUGGCAAGUCUUCUAUUCAGAAGGUGGUGUUCCACAAGAUGUCGCCCAACGAGACGCUGUUCCUGGAGAGCACCAACAAGAUCUACAAAGACGACAUCUCUAACAGCUCCUUCGUCAACUUCCAGAUCUGGGAUUUCCCCGGGCAGGUCGACUUCUUCGACCCCACCUUUGACUACGAGAUGAUCUUCAGGGGCACGGGGGCUUUGAUAUUCGUCAUCGACGCCCAGGACGACUACGUGGAGGCCCUCGGCCGGCUGCACCUCACCGUGUCCCGGGCCUACAGGGUGAACCCCGAGAUCAACUUCGAGGUGUUCAUCCACAAAGUGGACGGCCUCUCCGACGACCACAAGAUCGAGACGCAGAGGGACAUCCACCAGAGAGCCAACGACGACCUGGCCGACGCCAGCCUCGACAAGCUCCAUCUUAGCUUCUAUCUGACGAGUAUCUACGAUCACUCCAUAUUCGAGGCCUUCAGCAAGGUGGUGCAGAAACUCAUCCCUCAGCUGCCCACCCUGGAGAAUCUACUGAACAUCUUCAUAUCUAAUUCAGGGAUCGAGAAGGCGUUUCUGUUCGACGUGGUCAGCAAGAUCUACAUCGCCACGGACAGCUCGCCGGUGGACAUGCAGUCGUACGAGCUGUGCUGCGACAUGAUCGACGUGGUCAUCGACGUCUCCUGCAUCUACGGGCUGAAGGAGGACGGCAGUGGCAGUGCCUACGAUAAGGAGUCCAUGGCCAUCAUCAAGCUGAACAACACCACCGUGCUGUACCUGAAGGAGGUGACCAAGUUCCUGGCCCUGGUCUGCAUCCUCCGGGAGGAGAGCUUCGAGCGGAAAGGGUUAAUAGACUACAACUUCCACUGUUUUCGCAAGGCCAUCCACGAGGUGUUCGAGGUGGGCGUGUCCGCGCAGCGCCUGGGCACUCUGCAGCCGGCCACGCCCAGUCUGAAGGCGGUCACGCACAACGGCACUCCCCGAAGCACCGUGUAGGAGGGACGGCCGCUCGGACGGAGAGACGGACGGACAGACAGACGGACAGAGGGGCACGGGCACCGUCGUGCCGCCACACUGACUUUAAUCCUCCGAGGCCCUCCGCGGCCUGGGGAUGCAGAGAAGACACGCAAGCUACAAAAAAAAAAAAAAAAAACAGGAAAAAAAA